AUGGCCAUCCAGUCCACUCCCAAAAAGCUCCGGGUCGCCGUCCUCGGCUGCGGAUUCAUGGGAACUGCGCUGCUUCUCGGCAUCAUUAAAGAUCUUGAUAAGUCCGAAUACGACCUCAAGUUCUCCGUUAGUGCUCGCUCCGGCACGUCUAUCAAACGAUUACGCCAAACGUUUGAUUCGUACCGGGAUCAAGUGGACGUUAUUUCUCUGGACAACGCUGACGCGGCUCGUGGCGCCGACGUCGUCAUCUUGGCUUUUCAACCACAGCAACUCGCUGAGGUUUUGGGUUACCGGGCCUUGGUCAGAGCUAUCCAGGGAAAGCUGGUGGUAUCCAUAUUGGCUGGAGUCUCCUCUUUACAAGUGGCCCAGGAACUUUAUGGCAGCAAGGAGUUGACUACGCAGACCCGUGUCUCGCGCGCUAUACCCAGCAUCGGGGCGCAGAUAGGUGAAUCGAUGACCCUGAUCGCCGAUACUGUUCUCUCUACCUCUGACCGGGAUCUGAUUACUUGGCUUUUUCAACGGGUUGGUCCCACGCAGCUUCUGCCUGAGCAUCUCAUCAACACCACCACGGCAGUCAGCGCGGCAUGCCAUGCUUUGGCAGUAGUCGCAGUUGACGCCAUUGUCGACGGGAGUGUUGCAGAAGGUGUCCCGCGCCCAGUGGCCCUUAACAUUGCAUCACAAUGCUUACGCAGCGCUUCUACGCUUUUGCGCGAGCAGAUGACGAUUGAAUCUCUUAAGGAAUCCAUGUCUGUUGCCAGAGGGAUCACGAUUAAUGCUCUAUUGCAGCUGGAUCGUGGACAAGUGAGAGCAGGCAUUUCGGAUGCGGUGAAGUUCGCGGUACAAUACUCGAACCAAAUGUCUGAAGGUAGCAAUUGA